AUGGAUCGAUGGGUUCUGUUGGCUUUAUCGCUGUUUUUUGCGACUCGGGGCAUCUGUGCAGGGCACCUGGACGUCCUUCCUCAAGAAACUACCGUGCCUCAAUGCUCGACGCUGGAAGUUCUUUGGGAUCAACCUUCGCCAAUCCACCUUCACGUACAACCCAAUCUUCUGAUCAACGUCACAAAUCUUUUCGACCUUGGUAUCCAGAAUGGGACGUUCACGACUUACCAAGUCGCACUGCCUGUUGCUUCCAUGAUGACUGUAGGACCAGGAACAACGGAGUGUCUAUCGAACGGAAACCCUAGCUCCAGUGCCUCCUCCUCCUCCUCCUCCAGCACCUCCUCCUCCAGCACUUUGACUUCAAGUGCCACAGCUCCUGUUUCGACAUCAUCAACUGCUGUACUAUCACCGUCUGCUGUCCCAGACACGAAUAGUCAUAGCGGGAGCGGGAUAUCUAGCGGUGCUGUCGGUGGAAUAGUGGUUGGAGCCGUUGCUGUGAUUUUGGCUGCUUUGGGAGGAUUCUGCUUCUCCAAACGACGGUACAAACAGAAACUAGCUGCACUGGAGGGAUCACAGCACGACUCAGUUACUCCUCGCUUCUUGGAUCAGGAAUCGGGUCGAGGUCAGGCAGUUACCAUGAUCAGUCCCUACCGAACAGAAUCCUUUACCAGUCCAGCCUUCGCUUGUCUCACCGCCUACGACAAGAAAAGGAAGCUCGACCGCAUCAGUGACUCAGCCCCCUGCUGCGCCGAGAAUACUGCAUACGGAUGGUGGGUGCGAGUCGAACCGGAAGAACUUCCUCCUGUGUAUCGAAACUACGAUGAUUAA